AUGGAUUUUGCACCCUACGUGAACUUUGACGAACUUUACGAAAAAUACGAUCAAUUCAAACAACUCGCAAGCACACAUGUCUUGACUAUACGCCUUCUCGGAAUAAUUUCAGCAUUUGAUCCCCAAAAUAACGAGGUCGAAAUCUUGUCGCCCUUACAAAUGGAUGCACAUCCCUGCGUUCUGGUGGAUGUUUCGCUACUCGCGGAAGACUUGAAAACAAGCCUGGCUGGAGAGGGUGCUCAGGACAGACUUGUACAGUUUAUUGGAACGUUGAAAGUCGUCCCUGGAGGCAAGUCUUGGCGGUUGCAGGCCUUCAUUCUGACCUUCAUGGAUGGCAUAGAUCUCAACGCUUACCAAGAGGUCGUGAAAAUUACCAGACCGUAUGCUACCAUGAUAAACUUUUGA